AUGAGUUCGGAGUCCUCCACUUUCACGGUGCACACGUCGUUGCUCUUUGAUUCCAAGACCAAGUCGUUCGUCAAAGACACCUCAAUCGUCGUCGACAAGGCCCAGGGCAUCAUCGCCGAUAUUUACAAGAGGAAAGAUGACGAGGAAAUCAGUGUAAGGGCGGGCGACAUCGACCUUCGCGGAAAGGUCGUCAUGCCAGGAUUUGUCGACGCCCACGCUCACGUCUUCUUGCAUCCCUACGACGAGGCCUCCUCAACCGUCCAAGAACGCGACGAGAGCAUUGUCGAACGAGUGGUUCGCGCCACCAACCACCUCCGCCUCGCGCUCCUGUCCGGCUUCACCACCUACCGCGACCUGGGGACGGAGGGCAUGCGUUCGUUCGACGCGAACCUCCGCGACUGCGUCAACCGCGGCCUGGUGCCCGGCCCGCGGCUGUUCGUCGCCACGGAGUGCCUCGCGAGCACCGGGUCCUACGAGGUCCGCCAUGAGAACGUGAUGGCGACGAUGCCGCGCAUCGCGGACGUGUGCGACGGCGUGGCGGAGGUCAGGCGGGCGGUCCGGCGGCGUGUGGGGGACGGCGCCGACGUGAUCAAGUUCUACGCCGACUACCGGCGGAAGAUCAUGCGGUUCCCGCCUCCGCUGGUCCCACCGCGAGACGCCCCCCCGUUUGUCAUGACGGGCCUCAACCCGGCGGUGACGAUGUUCAGCCAGGAGGAGAUGGACGCCAUUGUGGAGGAGGCCAGGCUGGCUGAUUUGCCGGUGGCUGCGCACACGACUGUGACGAAGAGCGCUCUGAUGGCUAUCAAGGCGGGGGUCGACUCGAUUGAACACUGCAACGAAGGAAACGACCAGGUUCUCCGUGAGAUGCGUCGUCAGGGUACCAUAUAUGUGCCGACGCUUUCGGUGAUAAAGAAGUCUGCGGAUGGGCCAUACUUUGAAGAUUGUCUCAGGAGAGUCAAGAAGGCAUAUGAUCUAGGAGUACGUCUCGCUGUCGGCGGAGACACUGGUGGUCCGAUCCCUCACGGAGAAGGUGCUCUGGAAAUGGAGCUCAUGAUAACAGCCGGACUGCCUGUGGUGGAUGUCUUGGAAGCGUGCAUGGUCGGAGGCUGGGAAAGCUGCGGCAAGGAGAAGAGCGGCUUCUUGUUCGGAGCCGUUGCCAAAGGCUACAGGGCAGACAUCAUCGCCUUGGCAGCAGACCCCAGAGAAGAUGCCGGGGCUCUGCGCAAGGUCGAUUUUGUGAUGAAGGACGGCAGAGUAUGGAAGCAGGAUGGACAUCCCGUCGGCUUCGUAGAAGAACCCCCCAGAGCCGCGGCCGAUGGCUCCGACUGGGUUCAUGUGUGA